AUGAAGACGUAUCUUUUGUUGUGUUCGGUGUUGUCUGCAGUGAACGCUAUAAACAUUAAUUUAUCGUCCAGUGAAAGUGUUGUGUGGACAUUUGUGAACAGUAACAGAAGUAUCUUAGCCAAGGCAGAUGUGCCGGGCGGUAUUUACUCGGACUUGCAAGCAAAUGGCAUUAUUGGAAACAUCCUGGUUGAAGAUAAUGACGUGCUCACGCGCUGGGUUGCGCACGAGUUGUGGACAUAUACCGCACAGUUUAAUGUAUCAAAAAAAGAUAUCUUGAACUCCAGAGUGGUGCACUUAGUAUUUGAAGGUGUGGACACAGUAGCAUUCAUAUCCCUAAACGAUGACACUCCUAUUGGAUCAGUCAAUAAUAUGUUCGUGAGAUACGUUUUUGAUAUCAAGGAGAAACUUCAGGAGGGUCCAAAUGAAUUGAAGGUGUCAUUUUUGUCGCCAAUAGCGGCGGCGAAAGCUCGGUCCGACAAGCACUUCGCGGCUCCUGAGUGCGUGCCCUCAGUGUACAACGGGGAGUGCCAUGUUAAUCAGAUCAGAAAGAUGCAAGCAUCCUUUAGUUGGGAUUGGGGACCCGCAUUCCCAUCUGUUGGAAUUUGGAGACCAGUAUACAUAGAAGCUUAUAAUGCUGCGAUUAUAAGAUCAGUGACAACGCACACAACGAAAAAGGAAGAAGAAUGGGCCUUAGUAAUAAAAGUCUAUUUUGAAACAAGUAUGAAGAAAACGCAAAUCACUGGAAUCCUCAGUGCAACACUGGAACUGGAGGGAAAACAGACGGUGAAGAAAUGGAUACCUGUGUAUGAAACAAGCCAAACUGAUGGAACCUUUGUAGUAGACCUCGACCUCAAAGUUAGCGAGAAUCAAGUCAGGACGUGGUGGCCAAACGGUUAUGGUGAGCAGCCUCUUUACGAGUUGGUCGUCCAUUUUGUAUCAGACACGUAUUCGAACGAGUCCUCACACAAAAGUAUAAUGGUAGGAUUCCGAACUGUGGAGCUAGUACAAAGAGACGCGGCUGAAGUAUUAGGCAACACCACCGCAGGAACCGGUCUAACGUUUUAUUUCAUGAUUAACGGCCACCCACUCUUCAUGAAAGGAUCGAACUGGAUACCUUCCAAUAUCCUACCCGAACUGGGUGAAACUCAGACAGAAGUUGUUGAUAAUCUUCUAAAGUCGGCUCGUGAUACUCACAUGGCGAUGCUCCGGGUAUGGGGCGGUGGAGUCUAUGAGUCCGACUACUUCUAUGAGAAAUGUGAUCAACUAGGCAUUCUCAUUUGGCAAGAUUUUCUCUUCGCUUGCGCUAUGUAUCCUACAGACAUUGACUUUAUUAACACAGUUCAAGAAGAAAUAGAACAGAAUAUAUUACGCCUGCAGCAUCAUCCCUCCAUAGCUAUAUGGGCUGGCAACAAUGAGAACGAAGCUGCACUUGUAGGAAACUGGUACGACACUACACCGAAGUUUGAGAAAUACAAAAAUGAGUAUAUUAAACUUUAUGUGGAGACAAUAAGGCCUAUUGUCCAGGACUUGGAUCCGGGACGACGCUACUUGGUUUCCAGUCCAUCGAAUGGUCUCGAGUCGGAGCAAGAGAACUAUAUAUCACACAAUCCCUAUGACCCCCAUUAUGGAGACACGCAUUACUACAAUUAUUUAGCAGAUAACUGGAAUAUGAUGACGUACCCAAAAACGAGGUUCGCUUCAGAAUAUGGCUUCCAAUCUUUACCUUCUCUUGUGACCAUGAGGACUGCGACGAAUAAUUCCAAAGACUUCAGUUUAGACAGCCAAUAUUCAAUUCACCGACAACAUAGCCCGAAUGGAUAUUCUUUCAUUGAAUUACAGAUGAAUAGUCGCAUGAAGUUACAUAAGGAUGACCCAAAAUAUUUCGAGAAAUUCGUUUUUUAUAGUCAGAUAUCCCAGGCAAUGGCGAUAAAGACUGAGACAGAACUGUAUCGACAAGAUCAAGCGAACUGGUACACAAUGGGUGCUCUGUAUUGGCAACUAAAUGACGUGUGGCAGGCACCCUCCUGGUCGUCGAUUGAAUACACUGGAAGAUGGAAAAUGCUCCAUUAUUUUGCUAAAGACUUUUUCGCGCCAGUUCUGGUGUCUCCUCGUUUAGACUCGACUGGCGAAAUGGAGGUGUACUUAAUUAAUGACAGAUUUGUGCCAGUAAUGGACGCUAAAAUCAUGAUCCAAUUCUAUAACUGGAGCAGCCCCGCUCCUAUCCUUACCAAACAAUAUCCAGCGAGUUGUGAACCUUUAACUGCGACAUUGCUACGAAAUAUAGACGGCACAUUUAUGGAUUAUAAAAGAGAAGAAAUAUUUGUCAAGUUUUCUUUGCUAGCGACUGGAGUUCGCUCCCCAUCGAACUACGUGUUCCCAGUGCCUUUGAAACAUGUGACGACCUUGAAGAAACCGAAUAUAGAGAUACUUGUAUCAAAUUUCGUUAUGAGACGACAUCAUCAGAAUCUCGAAUACACGGUACAAAUACGAGUAGACACAGUGGUGGCCUUCUUGUGGCUAGAAACCGAAGUAGAGGGCCGGUUCGAGGAGAAUGGUCUCAUUGUGACGGAACCCCAAAUUAUUGUCAAGUUCCUCUGCAAAGACCACGUGUCACCGAGAAUACUAGAACACUCCAUCACGACGCAAUAUUAUUUGAACUGA